UAAUUAAUCGGUAGUCCAAUGAGAUAUCAUAUAAGAAAGGUCUUGCGGUGUAUAUUGGAAGUUGGGGAUAACGAUGCCGAUGGAGCCAUUUGGGACUUAAGGCAAAUACAUGACAAUUAAGAAUGGAUCAAAUUCUUGAAGCAGUUAAAAAACUAAGUAUUGACGACCUUAAAAUAAAACUGACUGAUUUUGGAGUAAAUGUAGGUCCAAUUUUACCAACUACUAAGUUAAUCUUUCAAAAAAAGCUUGCGAAGAAACUAUAUGAACAGCAACAACCUGUAUGCGAUGCUGCAGAGGGAACUCAAAGUGAAACUGAUGUCAAAGAAUUGCAUACUGAAGCAGAUUCCACGAAGACAAGUGAACAUGCUUGUAAAAUUGAACCUGCUGAAGUUUCUCAGACUCGAGAAGACUUAUCGGUAGCAGAAGUGACUGUGUAUUAUGGUGUUUGUCCGCCCCUUAAUGUUGGUAUCAACUCGGAUGAAACAGAAGAUCAAACUUUUGUUUUUACGGACAAAAAACUGGCAUUGCAAACUGUGAAGAAAUUUUCUGGAGCUAGGUUCAAAUGCUUCAAAACAAAGGAAGAUGCUGAAAAGUUUUCCAAUUCGUCACCAGAUGAUAUUGCUUCCCCAUGGAAACCUACAACUAAAAAUGGAAAUGGAGCCAUUGCUACGCUGGGAACUGGAGUAUCAGUGGAGAGCAGUCCUUUUAAGGGUCCCAAACCACAGGAACUCACUAAUCUAAGGAAAGCCAUUGAGACAGGAGAUGUAGUAACUGUGGAAUCGUUAGUGUGGGAUAAUCCAAGAUUUCUGGUUAGCAGUGGAGAUACACCCGUUAUAUUACAGGAGGGUCCCAGAUACAAUGCCUUACACGUUGCAGCUCGCAGCAACCAAGCCGGAAUUUGUCAGCUUCUGUUAGAUACCCUGGAAGAUCCCAGUUUUAUUGACAAGUUGUAUGGUCACACAAAUGAAACAGAUAGCACCAGAAGCAAUAGAAUUAAUUUUAUCGUAGACCUCUACAUCAACACACCAGACAAAGCGGGUUGUGAAGUCCCUUUACAUUUUGCUUGUAAACAUGGUUUUGCGGAAGUUGUGGCUGUGCUGAUAUCUCAUCCCAAAACUGACAAGUCUGUGAGGAAUAAGUACAAUGAAACUCCUAAGGAGAUUAUCUGCAGUAGAGUACAAAAUGCAACUGCUGAUCUUAAAGCUGAAAUAAGAGAACUUAUGGAAGGCCAGUACUUUGUUCCAUUACUGAGAUCUGAGGACAACUCCUCCCAGCCAUUCAUUGGCACCCCCUGGUCCCCGGAGAGUUCCCGGUGUGGGGUCAAUGUACCACCCAUGUCCUGGAGUCCCAGAGAUCCACUGAUGGCCGUCAAAGCAUGUGCCGGACCCAUGACUCCAUCUAAAGCGGAUUUGUUUCACAAGAGGUGGAAUACUCCCCCAUCUAACAGUCCAAAAGAUGUCAAGCGCAAGUUUUAUUCCACCAAAAGAGAAGACAGUGAAAAAGGCCUAGAAAGGAUAGGAAGGGAACUGGCCCAUGACAUGGGAAUUCCGUGGGUGGAGUACUGGGAUUUUCUACAGACCUACACAGACAUGACUUCAGAUGAUGGUCUUGACCUUCUAGAGGAAUACCUUCAGAAGCAGAGCUUGGCCCUCUGUAUAGAGGAAGCUUUGGGGAAGUUAGAUUUACUCUCCAACAGUUUUCAUUCAUUCAAAUACAACCAGAUGGACAUGUCAGUCAAUCAGAGUAAAGAUGGCAUUGGAAGCAUCAAUGGGUCUUGGCUAAUGUCUCCUUUAACUGACAUUGAGGAAUCCAUCCAUGAACAUGAAUUUGUGGACAUUGAUAAAUACCUGCAUGGCAAUAUUAUGGAUCAGGUGAAGUGCCGCGCCUCUAAUGGCACAGUGCCAAGCACAGAAGCCAUGAAAAAAUCAGUCCGACUGGAUGAAUCUUUUACUACACCAAAGAAGAACAUCUAUGAAUAUGGGAGAAUGAAUCAGUCCAUGGAGUGGUCCAUGGACAGCAGUGACUGGUCACAAGAGAGCUUUACAGGUAUCCUGACUCCCAUGUCUUGUCUGUCUGCUCUGUUCUCCAAGCUUUCCCUCCUUGACAGGUCACGAAGACAAAGUAGGCUGUCUGGAUCACCUGGAUGUUUGAGUAUUUCCUGCAUGGGGGCUGGUUAUCCUGGACGUGUUAAGUCUACAUUGCGUGAGCGUAAUAAAAUGGAGGCAUCGGAUGUUCAUUGUAAUGGCAGUGUUGUGCAUGACACUGGGGAUAAAACUCAAGACAGUGAGCGUACUUACAUCAGGGAAGCUAAAUUUCGGCCUGAUAAUAAUAAUUGUGAUGAUCUGAAGAACAGCAACACUAAAGAACAGAAACAAAACACGGAUGGUUAUCAGUCUACUGAACUUUUUGUAGUAGAUGACAACCUGAAUACUGUAGGUAGUAGGACUGAUGAGCAGCUUGAUAGUCCAAUAGUGAUGGACAAUGCAGGCACUGUACAAAAUCAUAUCACCGAAGAUAGGAAUUGGAGGGAGGAAACUCAGACUUCAAGCACCUCUUCUUGUGAGGAGGAACCUCAUGUAGUUGAAAGUUGUCAGACGGAUGAAAUUGUUCAAACAAAAAUUCAGAGGAAGCCAGAUGACCAGGUAGAUGACCUUGUGAAUCAAUUCAAUGAUAAAGUCAUCCUCGACACAUCUGUAGACUCAAACAAAGACAGUGCAAGUGUAAAGUCAGAUAAAGAACUUCAAACUCCGAGGAAGAGGUUGACAUUUUCUGAGGACACCACUGAGGAUAAAAUGGAGAGCUCCGUGGAGAUGGAGGAAACAUGUAAUACAUGUCACCUUGACAUCACCCUCCAGUUAGAUAAAGACAGGGUUCCAAGUUUUGAGUUCCAAUCCAUGUUUGAAAUGCUGACUGAGAGAAAAGUUUUAGAAAAUCAAAAGCCUGGUCCAAAGAAGCGUGUGAUAUAUAGUCGAGACAUUAUUUUAGACCUUGCUGGAAAGAACCUCGAAGAUGUCUCAAGUGUGGUACUUAAUGUAGCCAUUGUCCCUCCUAAUUCAACAGUAGCAGAAAUGACGAUCUUCUCUAACAUUCCCUUCUUCGUGAUACGUGGCAGUCAGUUCAAACCUGGCAACACUUUUCCUAGUCAACUUCCCGCCAUGGUGGAUGUCGUUUUCAAUUUUGUGAAAGAUUCAGUGACAUCAGCUUUGGCUGUUGCAAAUAAAUCAAGAGGAAAAAUUUAUUUUAUCAGCGGGUACCAGCCAAGCAAAACAGACCUAGAUGUGUACAGAGCAGUUCAAGGGAAGGAAGUGGGGAAGGAAAACUAUCCACUUGUUCAUAGGUGGAGAGCAUUGGUAUCCUCAAGAAUGGCCAAUCCCAAUUGCUGUUGGCCAAGCCCUGCACGUUCCCGAUUUCAGGGCAAUUUGUCCGCCAGUUUUCCUCAAGUUUCCUCCCCUCACAAGGCCCCCGAGAGUCCUGUGGUAUUUUACAGGAGUCCAGUCCCACGAAGCACUCCAACAAGACAGAAAAUGUCUGCUACUUGGUCCAUGCCAAACAUUAAGGCACAGUUAUUCCCACGGUCUCCAUUAGCAGAACGGAAAUGAAAAUUGCAGUUAUGUGGAAAUUAUUUUGACCUUUGAACAGUUUUCAUUUUUGUGAAGGAGAUGUAAACUGAACUAUUUUAUGUACCUACAGACAGUUUGUUGUUUUUUUGGGGUACAAUUGUUGCAAGAAGAACAGUUAUUAUUUUAAUAACUAUUAGUUACUAUUUUAUAUACCUAAGGACGGUUUGUUUUUCUUUGGGUACAACUGUUGCAAGAAGAAAACAUUCAUAUUCAUUUCACAAAUUCAACAAAAUGUUCCAGUUUAUGAACAGUUUAUAUUCAAGACAUAUAUGUGUAACAUUGUAGUAGCAAGGUAAACUACAGCAAUUAAAAUAGUCUACAUGUGUUGUACAUGUAUCUGUACAGUACAUUUGUAAGAAUGUUUUUUUAAAAAGCUUUUAAUGUGAUUGUGUUAUUUCUGUGAUAAAGUGCAGUUUUUACAAAAAGAUGUAUUUGCAGUACUAAAAUGUCAAUAAGAAAGGAGGUCAAUACAUGUAAUACAUACUGUAAAUAUAUUUCCUGUAGAUUAAAAUUACAAUAAUCCAUGUUGUAAAUUUUUGUAUGCAUACUGCUGGUUCAAUAACUUUUCACAUACCUGAUGAUACACUCCUUAUAUUGUGCGCCUUGUCAUUUUUUUUUUUUUACCUUUUAAUUAUGAAUUUUUUUUAUCUUGUGUUACAUUGCAUUUAUUUUAUCGAAUAUCACAGUCUAUUUAGUCUUGUUAUCGUGAACGUUGCAGGAUAACCUCCUCGGUCUCAAAAUGUUGUUUGAAAUAUUAAAGUCUCGGCUUUUAUAUUUCAAAACAACAUUUCUCGACCUCGGAGGUUAUUCUGCAACAUUCACAAUAACUCGUACUUUAUUUCUUAAAUCAUUAUCAAGAUUAAGAGGGAGAAAAAUAUUAAGUUUCUUGGUCACCACCAUAAUAUGGUAUAACUUAAACACAUUUUAAGUUACUUGUUAUGAUUCUCAUAGCUAUUUUCAAAUAAUUUUCCAUACAAACUAAUUUCAUCCACGAUUUCUUGGGUUAAUUCAGCCAACAUUUUAUGCAAACACAUCAAACUUCAGAAAAAUUAGUGAAAAAAAUGUAUAUAUAUGCAGACGACAGAAUUUUUCUUUGGAUUUUUAAUACUCUUCACUUAUUUAUAAAAAAUCUUUGAAUCAUAUUCCUAAUAUUUUAAGGGCAAUUUAAUAUGAUUAUUACGACUACACUUAUAUAUUUCAUGUAAAAGCACGCAUUGAAAAUGUGCUAGGGAGGUCCUAGGAACAGCCGCGUUGAUAUCUUAAAAAUAAGCAUUUGAGGCAAUACAUCGUUUUGACUGGAACUAACACAUGGAAUUGACAUGGUUUUAAACUUUUUAUGAUUUGAAGUUGUACUUUCAUGAUCAGUGCGAGACAAAUAGGUAUUUCUGAUCUGAUACUUUACUGAUGACGUUUGUGGUAUAUUGGAGAAUAAUGUCCGCGGCAUCUCUUCGAUUUCGGCAAUAACUGUAGUAGAAUUGUGUAUACACCUCCAUUUUUUUCAGUUAUUUAUAAAGGAGUGUAUCCUUUUUUUAUAGCUGUUUUAAUUUGCCACAUUUGUGUUCAUUUCCAAUUGAGAAAGAUUUGUAAUUAUUUUAUUUUAUUUUUUAUAUGUUGACAAUGAGUAAAUGUUGCAGUAUAAAUAAUGGAAAAUAUA